AUGCCGGGCAGCCCAGGGCCGCUUCUCGGGAAGGUCCGGGCCCCGCAGCGGCCGCGGCUCGACGGCUUGCCCCGUAACUCGGGGCUACGGGCCCCGUCGCGCCGCGCCACCUUGGUUCCCCGGCGGGGUGACGCGCUGCCCACCGACUACAACUCCCAACAUGCUGCGCGGCUCAGGGCCGCCCCCGCCCGCCCCCGCCCCCCACCCCCGACCGCGCGAAGCACGCCGGGAGGGGCGGGACUGCGGAGGGCCGGGAUCUCAAGCCGCGCUUCAGCUCCACCCUCCGAGGCGCCGCACGAGAAGAAUCAAAUCCGGGCGUCCCCAGAGUCUUUAGGACAUUUGUUCGCCCCGCUGAGCGGCUCCGCCGAGCCGGCGGCCGACGGGUCCCGGGCGGUGGCUACGCCCUCCUCUAGGUCCCGGCCUUCGGGCGGCAACACCCGGAAGGGGAAGUGGGAGGAGGAAAGCCGGCGCCGGCGGAAAAGACGCCAAGGAGGGGGUGUUGGAAGUAACGUCCACGGCCGGUCCCCCAUCCCCUUCUACCCCGCCACCUGGCCCACCUCCAGCUCCACGGAGCGAGGGGCGGCGGAGGAGCCAGGGGCGGCGGCGGCGGCGGCGGCGGCCGGUCCCGACGGCGGCCAAGAGGGGCGGCGCCGAGCUUCGUCCCUGAGCCGAGAGGCCGAGCUCCGGGCCUUCCGCUGGUGCCGGGAGUUCCUGGGGGGGGCCUGGCGGCGAGUGCGGCCCGAGGAGCUGGGCGUCAGCCCCGUCAGCGGUGGCCUCAGUAACCUGCUGUUCCGCUGCUCCCUCCCCGAGCACAUCCCCAGCGUCGGGGAUGAACCGCGCCAGGUGCUGCUCAGGGUCUACGGGGCCAUUCUGCAGGGUGUGGAUUCCCUGGUCCUGGAAAGCGUGAUGUUCGCCAUCCUGGCAGAACGGGAGCUGGGCCCGCGGUUGUACGGCGUGUUCCCCGAGGGUCGGCUGGAGCAGUACAUCCCGAGCCGGAGACUGCAGACCCGGGAGCUGCGGGAGCCGGGGGUGUCCAGGGAGAUUGCGGAGAAGAUGGCUCGUUUCCACGGAAUGGAGAUGCCGUUCAACAAGGAGCCCCUGUGGCUGUUUGGGACCAUGGAACGGUACCUGAAGCGGAUCCAGGAUCUGACCCGAGGACCCCCCGCCCGGCGGCCCAGCCUCGACCUGCUGGAAGCCUACCAUCUGGCAGAUGAGAUGCUCAGCCUCAGGCAGCUGUUGGAGUCAACCCCAUCGCCUGUGGUCUUCUGUCACAAUGACGUGCAAGAAGGAAACAUCUUGCUGCUCUCGGGGCGCGACGCUAACUCCUCCGACCGGCUCAUGCUCAUCGACUUCGAGUACAGCAGCUACAAUUACAGGGGCUUCGACAUUGGGAACCAUUUCUGCGAGUGGGUUUACGACUACAGUCACGACCAGUGGCCGUUCUACCGCGCCCGGCUCUCUGACUACCCGACCCGGAGCCAGCAGUUGCACUUUAUCCGUCAUUAUCUGUCAGAGGCGUUGGGUGGCGCGACCCCCUCCCCUGAGGAACAAGAGCGCUUGGAGGAGGAGAUGAUCUUGGAGAUCAACCGAUUUGCUUUAGCCUCACACUUCUUCUGGGGACUCUGGUCCAUCCUGCAGGCCACCAUGUCUACCAUCGAGUUUGGGUACCUGGAGUAUGCCCAAUCCCGUUUCCAGGCUUACUUCCAGCAGAAGGCGCAGUUGACCUGAGCCUGCCCAACCGGAGGGUCGUUGCGUCCCUGCCAGCCACAGCGCCCGCGCCCCCUCCCAGGCAAGGGACGGGGGAUGGCCCCCCGGCACCGGCCUCCCCCCCUCUUUACCUUCCCCCCUCCCCCUCCCGGAGCGGGCCGAGGCCGGAGCUCCGUAUCCCUUCAGGCCGGGACUGGGGAAGGUCUGAGAAUGGGAGGUGGGAAGAGGGGCAGAGAGGGCAAAGAGAGGGCUGGGAUGGGUACGAGCCUGGUGGGGCGGGGCCUCCGACAGGGGACCAAGGUCCAGUAGGGCCGGACCAAGGUCCAGUAGGACCAGACCAACUGCUGGAAAUUCCUGAAUCUUUACCGGGGCUUCUGUGACCUCUUCAGC